AUGAAUUUUGUGUGUAUUGUUGCUAGUCUUAUGAUUCUUCAAGUGUCUGCGUCUUUCCGCGAUGAACUCCAGGGAGCUCUGCAUUCCGUACAACACGGCUUCGGAAAAUUACUUAACGACGUUGUCUUUGAUGUCACCGACACAGUCCAUUGCACUAUCUCCGCUGUCGAACAUGUUCUAACAUUAAAUGGCCUGAUGAGAAACAAGUCUCCAUAUGGACAUAAGUGUAGGAACGGACUUCGAUCAUCGAUAGACGCGAGAGACAGCAACGACCCUUUAGAAAACUUCAUCAAAACAAGAGCGGCGUUAGAAGCUAAGAAGUUCGACGUCGUACCGAGUGAAAUACACAAUUCGAUAGACAGAAUAAACACCACGCUCCGGCAUGCCUUCGAGAAUCGCAACGGUCAGCAGAAAAUAGAAUCUAUAUCAAAAGUUCUGAAAGAUGAAACGGAACAGCUGACUAAAGUUAGCAAUAUGUUACGACAAGAACUGAACAGUAUAUCGAAAAAUGUUAAUACAGAACUGGAGAAAUUUGACAACGAUGUAACAAAUGUGUGGUCUCAGAAGAGAAACCGACCUAAUAACAAUGGGAAUACACGAGAAAUUAGCGGUAAUACGAUAAACUGGCAAACAUUACAAUUACAUGAAAACAGACAACACCGGACCGGUGGGCCAAGGAACAGCGACGAACGCUCAAGUAAUCAAGAUGCGUAUAAUGACGCAAAACGUGAAUUUGACCAAAUGAGGGAUGCCGCAGAGAAGAACGAUGAUUCUAAUGGCAUUCCAAAGAAUUUUCGUGAUGUCGCUCAAAGGGAAAGAAAUAAAUUAAAUACUAAGAGCGAUGAUUAUUCUGGAUCAAUUUUUAAUGUUGAUGCAAAAUUGGAUAAGUUCUCGCCCUUCUAUGACCCAGAUCAAGAGAACAGUGAAGAGCAUAAGCGCGUCAUUGAUACGGCUUUUAAUGUUAUUAGAGAUAGUGAAAGAAACGAACAAAUUAUGGAAGCGCUGAAACAUACUAAUAGCGGGACUGAUGUUUUUGCUUCCGGCAGAAGUAUAUUUAAUUUUUAA